CGCUUGGCUCGUGCGGGUCCAAGUCGCCUUACCAACUUUUUUUUUGUUUCCCUCCACGAGACCAGUCGGUUGGUGAGCGGCGGACCGCUGCACCGUCACGACCGGUGCGUCUCCGUGCGUCGCCAUGAACCAGAUCGCGUCUAAGUGACGGCUUUGUUCGGCCAUUUGGACGAAGCGAGUCAGAGAGAACAAGUAAAACCCCGGAGAAGAAGCCGGUUGUCGCUGCGGGGAGUUUUUUGUUUUUGUUGUUUUGUUGCUUUUUGAGAAAUGGAGGCUGUGAGUAAGUGGACCCCGGGACAAGUGACGGACUGGAUGAGAGGUCUGGACGACAGCCUGCAGCAGUACAUCCCGUCUUUCCAGCGGCAGCAGGUGGACGGGGAGAAGCUGCUCAGGAUGUCCCACCAGGAGCUGCUGUCUCUGGGCGUGUCGCGGGUCGGACAUCAGGAGCUGGUGCUGGAAGCCGUGGAUCUGCUCUGCGCUCUGAACUACGGCGUGGAGUCAGAUAAUCUGAAGACCCUGGUGGGGAAGAUGAGAGCGGCACACCACAACCUGAGCGGCGCUGUGUCGCAGCGCCGGAAGAAUCCUGCCUACCACACCAAAAACUCCCAUCAACCCUCCAACGAAUUCCUGACCGCCGUGGUCGAGCUGAUCGGAGCCGCCAAGAGUCUGCUUGGCUGGCUGGACAGGACUCCUCUGACGAGCGCCAACGACUUCACCUCCACCAAAAGCAGAAUCAUCCAGCUCUGUCUGGAGCUCACCUCCACCGUCCAGAAGGACUGUACUGUUUAUGAGAUGGAAGAGAAGAUUCUGGAAGUGUCGCGAGCUCUAAAUGGCAUCUGCGAGAAGACGGUCCAGGUGACCUCUGACCCCUCAAAGAGUGAGAUGGCCUGUCUGGAGGAGGUUCACAUCACCAACAUCAAGCCUGGGGAGGGACUGGGGAUUUACAUCAAAUCCACCUAUGACGGGCUUCACGUCAUCACAGGAACAACAGAGAACUCUCCUGCAGAUAAAACCCAGAGAAUUCACGCUGGAGACGAAGUCAUUCAGGUCAACAGACAGACAGUGGUGGGCUGGCAGCUGAAGCACCUGGUGAAAAUAUUGAGGGCUGAGACCGGAAACGUCAUCCUGGUGGUGAAGAAGAGACCGUCCGGAGUCUCCGGGGGCUUUGCACCUGCUCCUCUGAAAAACCUGCGCUGGAGACCGCCGCUCGUACAGACGUCUCAGGGAGCUCCAGGUCUCCCCAGACCUCGACAGCCAGAAACCUCAGAGGCUCCUGGGAAGAGAGGGAGAACAGCCAUCUUGGAUUUGUACAUCCCGCCUCCCCCUGCAGCGCCGUACGUACCACUAGAUGGGAACAUGAACUUGUCUCCAUGUGUGAAAUUGAGGCCGAAGUCUCCGAACUCGUGUCUGGACUCAGACAUGCGGCGACGCUUCACUGUUGCGGACGUCAACAGGACGUCCGUCAGACCCACCCCUGAACUCAACCAGCCAAUCCCUGUCCGCCUUCGACAGCGCCCCUCUACACGCUCAGGUAAACCUCGACCCGUCUCCAUGCCGGUGGAGUCCUUUUCGGGCGUGUCUGACCCAUCCUCCAGGCCUGGAGCAAAGGGAAAGAAAGGGCAGGACAUUCUUCACAGAUAUCUGAGUAACGAGGGGAUCAGCACCAUCACAGAGGAGGAGCCAUGUUUCCCGUUGCCGUACCGAGGACAUCCGUCUGUUCGGGGCGUCGACCACAUCAGAGGCAGCCAGUGCUUCAUCAACGCUGACCUGCACAACAGUGCCACCAUCCCUUACCAGGAAGCAGCGUCCAAAAAGUCUGCUUCCUCCACCCCUGCUGCUGUUUCUCCUCCCCAGGCUGUAACUAAACAGUCGAGCUCGCUGCUCGGCGGCUUGCUGGCUCGUCUCAGGCUGCUCAAACCCAUUUGGAGCCAUGGAGCCCCGAGGUACCUGCUACCUGCCGUGCGGCCGGAACCCGUGACAUCUGAAAUUGCAGUUCCAUCUCAACCGCUGGCCUGCCGUCUGUCCUCCGGGUCCACUGCGGCCAUGAGCCGGCGGCGUGUCUCGGUCAAAGACCUGGGCGUGGUGGACUGCCAGGGCUGGCUUCACCGCAGGAAGGAGGGCCGCAGGUUCCUGGGGAGCAAAUGGAAGAAGAAAUGGUUUGUCCUGAAGAAGAGUUCCCUGUACUGGUACACCGACAAGAUGGCUGAGAAGGCAGAGGGAUUCAUCAACCUGUCCGGCUUCACCAUCGAACAGGCCAGACAAUGCAGGAGGAAACAUGCCAUCACAGCCUCCCAUCCGCUGGUGGUGACCAUCCUGAUGGCUGCGGAGAGCUUGGCCGAGAUGAAUCAGUGGAUCAGCAAGCUGUCGAAGGCUGCCGAGCCAUGUGAGGCGAUCCAGGCUGAAGUUUUUCUCUAUCUCAUUUUGCUGUCCUCCUUCCAUUCUUUAUAUUCAUCCUCUUUCCUGUCGGCACCUUUUCUCUUCCUCCAAUUUUCCCUCGUCCUGUUCAUCUUUUGUCCAUUUCCCAGCCUUUCUUCGAUUCUUUUGUCCGGUGGUCCUUUGUCUUUUAUCUUUCUUUUCUUCUUCCAUUCUUUCUUGUAUUAUCUUGUUCACCUCACUUGUUUAUUCCUACUUCUUCCUUUACUCCCCUUCCUAUCAGUCAAUCCUUCUUCCAGUCUUUCUCCCCAUGUUUAUUUCUCUUCUUCCAUUCUUUCUUCACUUCUUUCUUUUCCCUCCGUUCCUUUCUUUCUCUUUUCCCUUCCCGUCUGCCUAUCUCUUCGUUUUUCCUGUCACCUCUCCUAUCCUUACAACCAUCUUCAUUCUUUCUUCUAUACUUUACCUGCUUUUCUUUCUUUCUUCAUUACUUUCUUCCCUUUCCCCAUCUUCCCAUCCUUCAAUUCUUCUUUUAAGUGCUACAGCGAGGGCAGCGAUCAGGACCCCGAUGAGUCUGCCUCGACUUGUGUUCAGGACUCUGAGCAGGAAGCAGCAGAUUGUGAAAACGGAGACGUCCUCCAGCCUCUCCGUGGCUCGACCCCCCCCUCUACAGUAACCGCUGGAAACACAAGCAGUGGCACCUUGGAGGGUGGGGGAAGAGCGGCCUCAGAGGGCGGCGAGCGCCUGUCCGGGCAGGACCUACCCAGGCCGGACAGAACCGUUGGAGCGGCGGCCCUCCCUCCGACCCACGCCGGAGGGAAAAGCGAAGAGGAGGCUGUCCAGGGGAAGCAACCCGACGAGAUGGAGAACCUCUACAACCACCUGAAGGCUGCCAGCCUGUCUCCGAUCGGACAGUCGAGGCAGAGGGACUUCAGGGCGUCGUUCAUCAGACGAUGCAAGGACGACAAUGUCAACGAGAAGCUUCACCUGCUCAGGAUCCUCAACAGCACGUUGAAGGCCAAAGAGUCGGAGCUGGCGGCCGUGGAGCAGAUCCUGACCGACCCGGACCUCGCAGCGCCCACAUUCAGGAAGUGGAAGCUCUCCAACCUCAUCCUGCUGCGGGAGAUCGGUCGACACAGCCGGGCAGCGGGGGCCGCUGCGGGGCUGAGACCUCCCGACCAACUGAGCGGCUGACGGAGGCUUACGGACACGCUUCCACGUGUCCACACUUCUGGUACCAGGUGGAGCAGAGGGCAGGUUCUCACCAGAGCGACCGAGACCAAGCAGUGGCGCUGAACGUGGUCUGGGCCACUUUCCAAAUCCUAAGUGCUUCGAUGGAAGUUAAACCUCCGACCUGUUGCCUCAUUUGCUCCAUGGUCACCAUUGAGUUUAAAAUAUCCAAACACACACAGACAUUGUGGCGUCCGCGCGAGUAUAAUACGGUGAUUUGAUGACAGCUCGUGAUUUUAAUUGCUUUAGUUUUCCGUGCUUACUGGGGGAAGUAGGAAGCAACAGUGACGCGUCUGUGCAGCGGCACGCGUCGUUGCUCGGGGAAGGUCCACACUACAACCUCAGACCAGCUACA